AAAUUCAGUUCUUUCUUUGCAGUGACUCUAUCAGCAGUCUUGAUCCACGUUGUCGGGAUCAGGAUCUGUAACAAUCCGCGAGUGUGCGUGUGUACUAUUAGUGUAAAGGCUUUCUGGAUAGAAGCAGUUUACAACACAAGGAAACCUCAAGGAAUUUUUCCGCCAAUUAAGGAAACAGCUUCAACAACCAUGUUUAGAUUUAUUGUGGUAUCAACGUUGCUGGUAGCGGCAAGCGCCCAGUAUAAUGGAUAUAACCGUGACCCCAAGACAGUUGCGAUCGUGAGCGAGCAGCGAUACCUUGCCGGAGAUGGACAGUUCGGUGCUGCUUACGAUCAGGAAGACGGAACCAACUUCAAGGAGGAAACGGAUGCCGAUGGCAACCGCCGAGGAUCCUACAGCUACGUUGAUCCAUCUGGUCAAAGAAGAACCAUCUCCUAUGUUGCUGGCAAAAAUGGAUUCCAAGCUUCUGGUGAUCAUUUGCCGGUAGCCCCUGCUGGUCCCCCAGCACCAGCUCAUGCUGCUCCUCAGCCACAGUACCGCCAGCAGGGUCAGCCACAGUACCAACAACAGGCCCAGCCUCAGUAUCAACAACAGGCCCAGCCUCAGUACCAACAACCUGCUCAGCCACAGUAUCAACCAAACUUUGAUCACCAAGGUCGCAGCUACGACAACCAAGGCUAUGAAGAUGGACAGUACGACCCACGCUGGAACGAUCCAUCUUUCAGCCAGCAACACUCCCGUCCUGCUCCAGCUCCCGUGGUAACUCCGGCUCCAGCUCAGAACUACCAUCACCAGCCAGCCCCAAUUGAAAACUAUCACCGCCAACAGCCAGUGCAAGCACCAGUUUCUCAGAACUACCACCAUGCUGCACCUCAGCCACAGCAGGAGUGGACCACCACUCCGGCUCCACACCGAUUCCAGCCACCAGGCAAACUGCAGCUGAACAGAACUCCCGACGGUUUCAGCUACACCUUCAACAAGGUUUAAGUCAUCAUUCUUCGAGCAAGUCAAUGCGAGUGUGAUCAAGUAUGUGAGAGGAUGUGUGUAACUACAGAACGAAAAAAAUGGUUCCCUUCGCCCCUUUUACUUGUGACCCUCCAAAAAUCCCUCAUCCCAAGUCAGACCGGUGCGAGUUCUGUUCAACUGUUUGUUUAUGUAGUCGAGUAAGAGUUACUGCUUGUUGUGAUAUAUUUUCGUAGGAGAUACCUUACCGAUAAAUAACAUCUACACUGCUCUAUAGUUAGAUCUUAUUUAUAGCAACCCUAUUCCACUUUUCUCUAAAGCUAACGAAUCGGAACAAUGUAAUUGUAAUCAAUCUGAAACAAAUGAAAAAAGAUUCAAAAACACUA